AUGGAGGAAAAGGGAGGAGCAGGCAGGGAAAGACAGAUACUGGAGGAAGAGGGAGGAGCAGGCAGGAAAAGACAUACUGGAGGAGCAGGCGGGGAAAGACAGAUACUGGAGGAAGAGGGAAGAGCAGAAUCGCACCUAAGCAUCUUUCCAGGACGCUUGGAAGAUCUUAUUAAUACAGGACAACUCUCUCUCCAGUCUUGCAAAUUCUUUGUGUUGGAUGAGGCUGAUGGACUUCUUAAACAGGGGCAUGAGCGUCUCAUCAAUAACAUCUACAACUCCAUACCCAAAAUCACAUCUGAAGGCAAGAGACUCCAGAUGGUGGUCUGUUCUGCCACCCUACAUUCCUUUGAAGUGAAGCGCAUGGCAGAACGUUUGAUGCACUUCCCGACCUGGGUAGAUCUUAAAGGGGAAGAUGCUGUGCCCGAGACUGUCCACCACGUUGUUGUAACCAUUGAUCCCAGAACGGAUAGUAGCUGGAGCAAUCUUCGUCGCCAUCUGCAGACUGAUGGCGUGCAUGUUAAGGAUGGCGUACGACCUGGGAACAAUACACCUGAGACAUUAAGUGAGGCGGUGAAGCUGCUGAAAGGAGAGUACUGCAUUAAGGCUAUUGACACACACAAAAUGGAUCAAGCACUAAUAUUCUGCCGCACUAAGUUGGAUUGUGACAAUUUAGAGCGCUAUUUUAAUCAAAUUGGAGGAGGGGCCAAUAACAGAGGCAAUCCAUAUUCGUGUGUGUGUCUCCAUGGUGACCGCAAGCCUAAUGAACGCAAAGCGAAUCUCCAAAAAUUUAAGGAUGGUGGAGUGAAGUUCCUUAUAUGCACUGAUGUAGCUGCUCGAGGAAUUGAUGUUGGAGGACUGCCAUUUAUAGUCAAUGUGACACUGCCAGAUGAGAAGAGCAACUAUGUUCAUCGUAUUGGGCGUGUGGGUAGAGCAGAGAGAAUGGGUCUAGCUAUCUCCCUUGUUGCUGCUGUGCCAGAGAAGGUGUGGUACCAUGGAGAGUGGUGUUCAACUCGUGGGCGUAACUGUUUUAACACGCGGUUGACAACGGAAGGUGGUUGUUGCGUUUGGUACAACGAACCACAGUACCUAGCUGAUAUUGAAGAGCACUUGGGAGUGACCAUCCAGCAGGUCGAUCAAGAAAUGAAAGUUCCAGUUGAUGAAUUUGAUGGCAAAGUGAUUUAUGGUGAAAAGAGAGCCAAUGUUGAUUCAAAGGUGGUCUGGACACCCAAUUUGGUCAGACAGGUGAAGAGAGCAUUUAGGCAAGCAACUGGUCGGUUACACGCGAGAAAGACCAGUAGAGAACAGACGCAAGUGGCCGCAGUAUGUGACAAUGCCACAGCAAGUGCGGGAUUCAUCAUUUAUAUAAGAUCACUUGAAUAA